AUAUUAAACUUUAAGAGUACUCAACCAACUCUGAAGAAAAACUCAUCCCCACAUUGGCACCUCCAUAAAUAACCUAUAUCUAUCUAUCCAUCUGUCUUCUCACAACAUUUAAACCGCACACCAAUAAUUCCUAUCUUCUUCCUCCUAAAACACAAAAAUGGAUCAUGGUAUGAGUGGCCAUGACAUGAAUGACCAUGACAUGCCACAACCACCACCAUCAUCAUCAUCAUCACAUAUGCAUACCAUGAUGCAUAUGACCUUGUAUUGGGGUAAAGAUGCUAUAAUUCUCUUCUCAGGAUGGCCUGGAAUGAACACCACCAAUUACAUCAUCUCUCUUAUUAUAGUUUUCAUUGUGGCUUUACUCGUAGAAUUGUUCUCACGUUGUGGAUUCAUUAAGGAUGGAAGAAACGACACCGUUUCGGCCUUGUUUUUGACCCUUCUUCAUGCUCUGCGUAUGGGACUUGCUUACCUUCUUAUGCUUGCUCUUAUGUCUUUUAAUGGCGGUAUUUUUAUUGCUGUUGUUGCGGGUCAUGCUGUCGGGUUCUUCGUGUUUGGAACUCGGGUUUUCGGGUUGGGUCCCAAAAGUUCUCGUGACCCGAAUCUUCCUCCUAUGAGUUGCUAACUGGGUUCAUGCAUAUGUAAUUUAUUUUGAUGUGGUUUAUUGUUGAAAAACUUCGUUAAUGUAGGUUUACUUUUUUUUUUUUCUGGUUAAUUUAUUUGUAACGAUACAAAAUGAAGUGUAUAAAAAUCAAUAAUGAAAAUAUAAGAUCGUAUAUUGUCUUUGCUCUUGCAUUGAUUAAAUUAUUUAUUUGGUUAAUUGACUUAAUUAGUACUAAUUUGUUGGUGUUUAAAGAUUGUUUGAAUGUUAUUGUGUCAUGACUGGAUUUAGUAUAAUUUUUGUUAGCGGUUGAAUAAGCUA